AAACAUGUACAAAGGAUGGAAGACAAACAAAUAUUCCGACUACGGGACACCCAGAGAAUUACGAUCAUGACAUUGCUGACAUCUGAUUACAAAAACACGUUAACACAAGUAUCAACCGGUGAAGGUAAAUCGCUUAUCGUCACUGGUGUCGCAAUCACAUUCGCCCUUUGUCGAAAGAAGAUAAAAAAGAAUAAGAAAAUCGAUGUUAUUACAAGUAAUGACGUCCUGGCUCGCCGUGAUUCUACGCUGUCGGUGGCCGAUGGUGGACUGCGAAAUCUUUACGAAUAUUUCAAUGUCAGUGUGGCAAACAAUUGCAGCCAAUGGGUGGACGAACGAACACAAGCCUACAAUGCAGCAGUCGUUUAUGGACAAUUGGCCAAUUUCCAGCGAGAGAUUUUGCUGGAUGAAUUCCUGUACGGUCAUAGCAUCCGAGGUGACCGCACCAUGGACCUUGUCGUUAUUGAUGAAGUCGACUGCAUGUUGCUCGAUCGCGGUAACAACACGCUGUACCUAUCGCACGACAUCCCUGGUAUGGAGAUGCUCGAGUCUCUUUACGUUUUUUAUUUGGGAAAAAUGCAGGCAAUUGAAACCAUCAAUUUCAAACCACAAUUGGAUCCCAAGAUUAUCUUUUAUCUCCGUAACGUGUCGAAACGCGAGCGGAAUAUUCGAAUACCUGAGCAUUUGAUGUCCUUUGUCGAUCGUCAUCUCGACAAUUGGCUGGACAAUGCCAUGCAGGCCCUGGAACUCAAACGAGACGAGGACUAUGUCGUCGAUCAAGACCGAACAGACACCAGCCCAGAUCUCCAUCCUCAAGUAAUUAUAAUUGAUCAGGACACAGUGGACCAGAUCUCGUCGCAGUGGGAUGGAGCACUGCAUCAAUUUAUUCAGCUAAAGGAGGGAUGCAAAUUGACGUCACAAAAUCUAAAAUCCAUUUUCAUUUCUAAUGCGACUUACAUCCAAGCUUAUAAAACAGCUGGCGUUUCAGGUACGCUGGGAUCUGAAACAGAACGACAAUUUAUGCAUACCAAAUACAAAAGUCUUCAGUUUGUCAUCCCAACAGCUUUCCAAAAAUGUUUCUACUUGAAACCAACGCAAGUCUUUAAAUCAAAGGACCACUGGCUCCAUGCCAUCGUCAAAGAAACACAACAGAUUAUUCAACCUGAAGAUCAAGCUAAAGCUCGUUCUCUCGUCAUCUUCUGUCAAUCAAUCAAAGAUGUGAACGUUAUUCGCCGAUACCUUAAAAAUGCAUUAGGAUCAAAACUCAAUGAUAACCACAUCCAUUGCUACACACGUGAUUAUGAAAAAUUUGCUUUCGAAGGUAAAUCACUUGAAAUUGGUCACGUGAUUGUCGCCACCAACUUAGCGGGUAGAGGCACGGAUAUCAAAAUAAGCGAGGAGUUGAGAGAAAACGGAGGUUUGCACAUUUGUCUAACUUUUCUGCCAAAAAAUGAGCGAAUUGAAGAGCAGGCGAUGGGACGUUCAGCUAGAAAUGGAGCACCCGGAAGUGGAACCUUCCUCCUAUACGAAGAAUCGCCAACAGGAAAGAAGUGGGAUGCCGGAAAAUGGUUAAGCAUGAAGGAGGAGCGUCAAUGGAGAGAAAAACAACGGAUAUCCCGUUUGCAAGAAGAUUUCAGGACAAUGGAACACGAGCAAAAUUUUUUUGACGAAUUGUCUAUUUAUUACACUGAACUAAAGCAAGAAUUAAAAAACCAAAAACGUGAAGAUCAGGCAAUUAAGACAAUCUGCGAUAGUGUACUUGACAUAUGGGCUUUGUGGCUUGACCAAACAGAGGAUCAUUUGAAACUGACUUAUUCCUAUCAUCACGAUUUUCUCAAACAUUUUCGGACUGGACUUGGAUUGCCAGAUAACAACAUGACUGACAAUAGUUGGAUGACGCCAGUUCGAUCUGUCACCCUGGCAAAACAUCUGGCUCUGCAAAAGUCAUCGCUGUCCGAGGCAAGUGAAAUUCUGAAACGAGUCAUUGACUCAAGGGACAGUGAUCUGUAUCCGGCUGCUCAUUACUACUUUGCUUUCGUUUUGAUUCAAGAAGAUUUUAAAGAAAACAGACCUAAAUUUAUUCAAAUUUUGCAAAAUUGCGAAACUAUUUUGAGCAACAACAUAGACAUGCACUUGUCCUUUUACCGCAAAGUAGCUCUUGCAACACCUGACCAAACCCCGUCAUUCUGCGUCGUCGACGCCUACAAACAACAAAAAGACAAUAUCGUGAAAAUUCUGGAAUAUUUUAUCGGCUCAGCCCGAGCUCUAAUAGGCAGCCAUUACUGUUCAGCCUCUAAUCUCAAGGAAGCUGGAAAGGAAGAAAAAAAAAGAAAAACUUUUCUUAAGAAGGCUGAAAUAUUCCUACAAAAUAUCAGAUUAGAAUUUGUACGUUUCCAGAAGGAAAGAAAAUCAAAGUGUAAAUCUGAACAAAAACGUAUAAUUUGCCCUGAGCAAGCGGACAAAUUGUUUGAAUUAUUGGUAGAAAAAAUGCAUCACCUGUCGGCUCAACGACACCGAUACAAUCCCUAAUAGGGACGCUAUCAUUCAGCAAGUAGCCAACGAACACGGAAUCAAAAAGGAUCUGAAGGACAAAUUGGAGUCUGUAUUUAGGCAAAAUUUUACAGAAAAGCAGGUGGAGAAAAAUCUGAAAAAAGAAAAUCUGAUCCCGUGCACAAGAAAGGCGUUCUGGGAGGAGCUGAGGAAAGAAGGUGCAUUACAAGCGGUGAAAAGGUGGCUUGUGUUCUCAAAUGAAUUGCGUCAUCGUGUUGGACUCCGAAUGUGAUGUCGAACCAAGUAGUAAUCUGAACAGCAAAAAACUCAGUCGAGAAAAUCGGAUCAAAAUUGAAGACUUUCAGUUUGGAUUGGAUUCUUUUGAUCACGAAAACAACUGUCUGAACGUGUUGUAUAAUCCAAUUUACGACAACAUGAAAGACUUAUUGAAGCAAAACAAAAUCAUGUUCAGUAAACGUUACGUUAUCGAACGACUUGGCAAAGAAGAGUAUCGACGCCGCAAAGGAGAAUUUUGAAUUGAAUCAAAUUGCACAGCUCAAUCUCAAUAAACUUGAAACUGUCACUUUGAAAUUUUGUGAUCCACUGGAGAAAGAUGAUUUUACGCAAGCUAAUAUUAUUUCUAAUAGCGAACGAGAUUGCGUUUGGAAGGCGUUGAUUGAUCAGCAAAUCAUUGAUUCAAAUGGCGAAUUAUCGUCCAACUACCAAAAAUUCAGCUAUCCCGAAUGUCCUGCUUAUGAGGAACCGGUCAUGCGUGUGAUUGCCAGAAUUUUCGUCGCUGAAAUAGUUAAACGUCAAUGGCUAAGGGCUGCAAAAGAUCCCAAAUGUUUGAAAGCCAUAAAUUUAUUGCCGUUAAAACCCUAUCGAGAUUUGCUUGGUGAUUUGAUGGCUGCUCACGUCAUCUCUGGUGCUCGAGUGACGGAAGAUGCAACACUCAUCGAGAAGGAAACUAAGGAAAUUGAAGAUGAAGACGAGCGUGAAUGUGUCCGGAGGUUUUUGAAAAGCCGCCAAGCUAUUUAUGCUCCUAGGAUGAAAAAAAUAUGAGAUUUUUCUUGAUCUUAUCGAAAUGGAUAUUCGAAAAAUUCCAAACACCGUGAACAUUUCUACGGAACUGCACACUUUUGACCUCGCAGCAUUCAAUCACGUUAUUGACAUCAAGGAUGGAGAAAGGUCCUGGAAGUCAUAUCUGGGAGCAACGUUCGCCGGUGUUGUUGGUGUAGCUUCGAUUGGUGUUGGAAUUUUCCUGCUUCAGGGUAAAAUGCUAUCCUUUGGAUUUAGCAAAAAUGUAUUGUUAAUGGGAGGAGCUUCAGACAUUUUGUACGCCAUAACGACUAUCCUGACACACAGCAAAUUCACUUGGGCCGAUUAUACUCGUCAAAGGCUAAGGAGUGUCAUGGGAAAAACGGAGCCAAUCGAAAUGAUCAAAACAAUUUACAAAUUAUAUGAUUCGUCUGAAAACACUGAUUUUAGAAAGGCAAUAAAUUUAGCCAUCGGUCUGGAAAGAUGGAAACGACAAAACAGAGACCAAAUAAACAAAGGACGUGAAACACUACUAUUUAGGGGCGUAGAGAAGAUUGGAUUGUUCAACCACCAAACCGAAUUACACUUUCACAUCCAACUUCAUUAUCUUUUACAAGAUUUUGGCAGCUUUAUACUCGGAAAAACUAAGAAACUUGUCACCAAAAACUUGACUGAAAUUCGAAAGGCGCUGACCCAAUUCAACGAAUUUCAUGGACUCGAAACAUCUCAACAUUUCGUCAGGGGGAAGUUGAAUAAACUAAUUUCGCAAUGGGCUACAGAAGGGCAAAAAUGGGUCUGUGAAAUCAUUGACGAAACGACUUUGAAACUAAAAGAGAUUGCAGGAGUGGGAGGAAUCCCGUUGACACAAGAAAUGGCUGAUAAAGGAAUUCGCUUUAUGGAACCGAUUUUCAAUGACUACGAGGUGCGAAUGAAAUUGAUGCGCAUCACUUUCACCUGCAUUCGCGAAUUUUUAUUAGGCCUGGAGAAUCAUGCUAAUCCAAAGGACCCCAUUGCCAAAAACCUCGAUGUUGAAGAAUUUAAGCGUUUUCAGAAAAAAAUUAUGGCUGACAUUGACUCUGAGCUGGAACAACAAGUGGAAAAUAUUCUGGACAUUUUGAGACAACAAAUUCAUCAAGUCACUUCCGACCAAAUGUCAAGGCUAGCGAAUGUCAAUUCAGAAAUGUUCACCACUUUAUCGCAUUUAAUGUAACCGAAAAUGAAAACACCAUAAUUUUCUGAAUGUAUUGCCUUACAUAUUAUAAGUGGACGGAGAACAUUUUGAAUUGAUAAAUUCUUGUUUUGUUUUUCCAAGAGUUUUAGCUUUUCAUAUGAGUGAUUCGUCAGAUGUUACAUUCCUUCUUUGCUCUUUUGUUUCUCUGACUGAAUCAGGAUUUGCUUACUCCGUCUGUUCUUCUUCUGUUGUAGGCCUAGUUAUUAUACGUCACGUCAUUGGCAAUGA